CUAAUCUAAUUGAGAUUAGAAUAAAGAUUAAAAAUUGGUUCAGAUCUAUCUUGGACCGAACCGUCAGAUCUUUCAUACACAACACCCAGAUCCAGAAUUUGUCAAGAAAGCACCUUUUUGUUUCCUGGGUCUUAUAUUUGCGGCUUGGGGUUGCUUCUGUGAAGCUUCUUGGAGUAUAUAUGAAUUUAUUGUAACAAUCUCUUGGGUUUUUAAAUUUGGUAAUUGUAUUAAAAACAUAUUGUGGGAUUGGAUGGAAAGUUCGAGGAGUAAUAGAGUGGAGAAGAGAGGGUAUGAGCAAGGUGUGGAGGAUGAUGCAGAGCUCGUUCCCGGAUCGAAGAAGCCGAAGUUGCCAGCUUUGGCGAGUGUAAUUGUGGAAGCUGUGAAGGUGGAUAGUUUGCAAAGACUUUGCUCAUCUUUGGAGCCUCUUCUCCGCAGAAUUGUCAGUGAAGAAGUGGAGCGUGCUUUAACAAACUUAGGCCAAUCUAAUGUGGCAGGAAGGUCUCUACCUCCAAAAAUACUGGGCCCUGAUGGAAAAAAUCUGCAACUUCAUUUCAAAACAAGAAUGCCGCCACACCUAUUCACAGGCGGAAAGGUUGAGGGAGAGCAAGGAGCAGCCAUCCAUGUUGUCUUGCUAGACCUGAAUACAGGCAGUGUUGUGCGAACUGGAUCAGAAUCAGCAGCCAAAUUGAACUUAGUGGUGCUUGAUGGAGACUUCAAUGAAGAAGCUGAUGAGGAUUGGACCAAAGAGCACUUUGAAAGCCAAGAAGUAAAGGAACGUGAGGGGAAAAGACCACUUUUGACUGGGGAACUACAGGUGAUCCUCAAGGAAGGAGUUGGAACAUUAGGAGAUCUUACUUUUACCGACAAUUCCAGCUGGAUAAGGAGCAGGAAGUUCAGGCUUGGUGUUAAGGUUUCCCCUGGAUAUUGUGAGGGGAUUCGUGUGCGUGAGGCUAAAACAGAGGCUUUUUCUGUAAAAGAUCAUAGGGGCGAAUUGUACAAAAAACAUUACCCUCCUGCUUUGCAUGACGAAGUUUGGAGAUUGGAUCGAAUAGCAAAGGAUGGAGCACUGCAUAAAAAGUUGAUUAAGGCUGAAAUUGUAACAGUUGAAGAUUUCCUUCGCCUUCUUGUCAAGGAUCCACAGAGAUUAAGAAGUGUCCUCGGGAGUGGAAUGUCCAACAGGAUGUGGGAGAACACAGUGGAGCAUGCAAAGACUUGUGUCUUGGGCGGGAAGCUUUUUAUUUUCUACACUGAUGAAACACACAGCACUGGCAUUGUUUUCAACCAUAUUUAUGAGCUCACAGGCCUUAUUGCUGAGGGGCAAUUCCUCUCUCUGGAGUCGCUUUCCCACAGCCAAAAGCUUUUAGUGGAUACCCUGGUGAAGAGAGCAUAUGAUAAUUGGCAUCAAGCUGUAGAAUAUGAUAGCAAAGGCCUAAACUCCCUCGCCAGUACUAAUCAGGCAAUAAGUGCCUCAGCUACACCUAUAGCUGAUCACAACUAUACUGCAGGUCGGAAUAUAUCAACUGUACAUGUUCAGAACAGGCAGCAGUAUAUCUCUGAACUGGACACACAAUGCCAAUAUGUCCCUCAGUUGAUUGAAUUUCCAUGUGUGAGGUCUAAUCAAACAGCAGUUAUGACAUUAAACAACUCACAAGCAUCAUUAUCAGACAGCAUAGAUUGCAUGCCAGUUGGAACUCCUGCAGUUGGGAAUUCAUAUUUUCCAGGAGAUUGGUCUCACCCGAGGAAUGGGGAGGGGUCGGAAGACAUUUUUGCCGAGGAAAUCCGCCUUAGGAGUUCGGAGAUGUUGGAGAGUGAUGACAUGCAGAGACUGCUAAAGACAUAUAGUACGGGAGUUGGUGUUGGAAUGGGGGUUGGUUUUGGUCAUUCUGAUGAGCCUUGUUUCUCUUACAGUGUUGAAUAUGAGUCUCAGAUGGAUAAGACAUUUGGCAACGAGCGCGGCCGGAGCUCAGGGAAAGCAUUCAUUGGAUGGCUUAAACUUAAAGCCGCUUUAAGGUGGGGGAUAUUUGUAAGGAAAAAAGCAGCAGAAAGGAGAGCUCAGCUUACUGAGCUAGAUUGACUUGAAAAAUUGGAUCUAUUUUCUUCCUGGGUUCUGUAGAGAUAAUAUAAUUUGGUGCCUUGAAAUUCAACCAUUUGAUUCCCAGAAGACACAGAUGAAGAAAUGAAGGCUGAUCAUGAUUUCAAGGAAACCUGACUUUCUUGACACUCAAAAGAGAUGAGAGAGAAUAGUCAUGCAUCAUGUUUGCUGGAUGUUUUUACCUCGAUUUACUUGUUCCAAGCAUCUUUUCUCUUUUUUAGUUUUUUUUUUUUUGGUUUCCUUUCUCUGAUGAAUUCCCACUGCAUGGGUCUUUUCUUCAUGUGUUUGUAAUAUUAUUAUUCUUUUCUCCAUACUCAAUUCACUAUAUUAUAGUCUUUUUCCAACAAGAUUCAUGUGUUGAUCUA